CUGCCAAAUUCUUGGUUCAACAGUUCAACAAAAACAGAGCUCCUUUUUGUGUAACGGCAUUUGCGGCGAGCAUAACGAGUCCUGCACAUUCUCUCCUCAUAUAGUAUCCGUACAGUAUCUUGCGCCCACUCCUCCGGGAGGCCACCUUGUGCAGCCUUCGCCGCUCCAUUUCUCCCCGAAGACAAGACAAGUCGCCUCCAACAGCACCGAGGCUUGAUCCCCAAGCUCACAGAGUAGCUCAUGUGUGGUGGGAUGGAAUAACACGACUACAAAGCUUCGACUCCUAAAUAAAUACACUUGCGAUUCUGGAACCGCGGUCUUUUCCUCGCCAAGAUGAUACCACUAAUAGAUAGACCAUUUAUCUAUGUGGCCGACAAGCUUGGCGCUGGCCCCGAUGAGUUGAAGCUCAUCUUCUCCCUUAUCCUAUCCUACCCUCUCGCCGGCGCAUUGAAACGAGUUCCCGAUGCCCGGCCCGCAUACAAGAACCUUUUCUCGCUCAGCAUCUCCCUUUUCUACCUCGUCGGUCUCUUCGAUCUUUGGGAUGGCCUCCAAACGAUGCUCAUCUCGGCGGCCGGCGCCUACGCCAUCGCCAAGUUCCUGCGCGGAUCGCCCUACAUGCCCUGGGUCGGCUUCGUCUUCCUGAUGGGUCACAUGAGCGUGAACCACAUCGCGCGCCAAGCCGCCAACAGCCCGCGCAGUGUGGACAUUACGGGCGCGCAGAUGGUUCUGGUCAUGAAGCUCAGCGCCUUCUGCUGGAACGUGGCGGACGGCCUGCUGCCCGAAGCCGAGCUCUCCGAUCAUCAGAAGGACCGCCGCCUUGCAGAGCUACCAAGCCUCCUCGACUAUGCCGGCUUCGUGUUUUUCUUCCCGAGCAUGCUGACCGGCCCGGCCUUCGACUUCGCCGAGUAUCGUCGCUGGCUCGACACCACCAUGUUCGAGGUGCCCGCCGGCAUCGACCCGGCCAAGAAACCGCCGACAAGACGCAAGCGCAAGAUCCCUCGCAGCGGCACGCCGGCCAUGAUCAAGCUCGUGACCAGCCUGCUCUGGAUCUUCGCGUUUCUCCAGCUGUCUGCCUACUUCGACCACUCCGUCCUCCUCGACGACAGCUAUCUCGAGUACGGCUUGAUUCGCCGGGUGUUAGUCAUGCACAUGGUCGGCUUCACGGCGCGUACUAAGUACUACGGUGUAUGGACCAUGUCCGAAGGCGCCUGCAUUCUCGCCGGGCUCGGCUACAAGGGCGUAGAUCCCGCGACAGGUAAAGUCUCGUGGGACCGUCUCCAGAACAUCAACCCGUGGGGCGUCGAGCUUGCGCAGAACACUCGCGACUACCUCGGAAACUGGAACAUCAAUACCAACAAGUGGCUGCGCAACUACGUCUACCUGCGCGUGACCCCGCAGGGCAAGAAGCCCGGCUUCCGCGCCAGCCUCGCCACCUUCACCACCUCGGCUUUCUGGCACGGAUUCUACCCAGGCUACUACCUCUCCUUCGUGCUUGCCUCCUUCAUCCAGACCGUAGCCAAGAACCUCCGCCGAACUUUCCGCCCUUUCUUCCUCGACCCCAAAACCGGCUCCCCGCUGCCUACCAAGCGGUACUACGACAUCGCCUCCUGGCUGACCACCCAAGUCACCUUCUCCUUCGUCGUGAUGCCCUUCCUCCUGCUCUCCUUGUCCGAAUCCCUCCAGGCCUGGUCACGCGUCUACUUCUACGGCGUCAUCGGCACUGCCGGAGCCAUGGCCUUCUUCGCGUCCCCCGCCAAGCGGUAUCUGAAGAAAGAAUUGGAAAGGAGAUACGCCAAGGUCGGGGUCGUCGCUGUGCCUACGACUACCGGUACUGGGAAGAAGAAGGCUACUACUACUGCUACUACUGAGGCUGCCGCGGCGCAAGCUGCUGGAGACGGCGGCAGGGCUGGCAAGAAGAAGAAGGAAGGCGAAAAGGCCUUUUAUGAUGAUGAGAACCGUAGUCGGUCGGCCAGCUCGGAUAGCUUGGCGUCGCGCGAGCCGGUCAUGGGGAUCACGCAGGAUCUGGAAAGGGAGUUUGAUGAUGCCAUGAGCGAAAUUCGGGCGUUUGAGGCUAAGAAGAGGAAGUGAGCCAGCGAGGCCAGGAGUGAGUGAGAAGGGGAUGAUGAUGGGUUGGGUUGAGUUGUGCGAGAGAAAGAGGUGAGGGAGAGGAAAGAGAAAUAGCCUGAUGCGUAUGUAUGGCUGCUAACGAAUGUUUGGAACAAAGUCGUCUAAUAAGUGAGGAUAGAGGGUAAGGUACAUAGCGCGGGUAAUACCACUCGACUGGCUACCUAGAUGUGCGAAUUGGAUGCAUGGCGAUAUCUACAUCUUGCUGGUGUGCAUAGCUGCCUAGGUAGGUGGGUAGGUAGGUACUCGGGCAUUCAGACGGAGAUUCUAGACGGGUCGUACACAAAGA